AUGUCCUCAAUUUCAUCGGCGACUUCCGUCGACCGCACAAGCCCAGCACCCUCUACCGCGGCCACCUCAACAUCCGCCUCCCCCACACUCUUCAUAUCGGCCAAAGACUUCGCAUAUCCGCCCACUCGCGCUACGUCUCCCACCACCCAUCCGAAAGACCGCCUCACCACCCUCCCGCCGGAGCUCUUCCUUCAAGUCAUCUCACACCUUCCAUCCAGCUCCUCUCUCCUCCCCCUCUCCCAAAUAUCGACCUACUUCCAACAAUUCAUCCUCCUCACCCACGCAUCCGCCAUCUGCAACACGCUCAUCACCACCCAUCACUUCCACGCUUCCCAGAUCCUCGGAGCGAAACUCGAUGCGUCAGGCUGGCUCCUCCCAACGCACCCGUGCGUCCUCGACGCCGAGAAGCGGAUCCUCCGAGACCAGGUCUUGCAGGCAGGCUGCACCUGCAUUUCAUGUCGCGACUUCAUCCGCGCUUCCCGCUCCUCGGCUUCGAAUCGAAAAAGCGUCGACGACGUCAAACGGUCAUUCACCUGCCUGCCAUCCACACCAUCACGAGGACGAGCACCAACCCCAGCUUCAAAGCUCAAACGAGAGCCCGCCCGCGAAUGCACAUCUGAACACCUCUUCUCCUCCCCUUGGAAACUCACCAUGCCCGGGCCACUGUUCCUCGUCUUCCUGCAGCGCCAUGAAUGGGAGAUUGAAAUCCGGCAUGCGAUGCUGCCGCGCGCCUCGGCGCCCUCCCGUCUCAAAGGAGGCGCAGAGGGAGAAGACGGAGAAGAGCAGCGGCGCUUUAACUUCUUCAUCGGCCAUUACUCCAUCCGCCGCUUCCUCGCGGAUGUAGAGCGUGAGUUCGCCUCCACGUCCACAUCCCUUCCCUCCUCCACCCACAACGACAACGAGCCGAGCGCCAGCAAGCCCAGCUUCAGGACGAGGAUCUCUCACGCGUGGCAAAAAUCGCGUCUGGGUCUCGGGACCUCGACCGUCGGCAGAUGCGAAGCUGACACGGCGCGCGCGAGAUCAAAAAAAGAAAAACGGAAAGCGCAGACGGCGAAGACAGACGGCAGUACCACAAGACCCAUGUUCGGCGAAAUCACCCCCUCACCCGCCUCCCCGUCUUUCGCCUCCGCCUCCGCCUCCGCCUCAGCGCCCGGCGAGUGGAUACGGGGACUGCUGUGGUUUUAUGGCGUGCAGACGCCUCUGUCCUCGCCUCCUCCAGCCUCGGAUACGUUCCCCUCUACCGUCUCUACCUCCCGGCUCGGUGGUGAGGCCGAGGCGGAGGAGCAGAAGACCGUGAAGAAUCACAAGGGGAAGGAGAAAGAGGAGAGAUUGCCAGGCCAGCUUAAACUCGAGAGCGCGACGAAAGCCCGGGCCCGGAGCUGCAUGGCGGGCUUGAGGCACGGGGCGCAGGGAGCGGGGAGGAAGCUCCAGCAGCGAGCGGGGGCGUGGAUUGGUUUACGCGGUGUAUUUGCGAGGGGCGGCGGGCUGGCUGGGUGGCUGGCGAGGUGA